GUCAGAGUCCAUACGAAAGCAUCCCAGCCCACUGCGCAUUGCUCGAGUGUCGAGUCCCUUUUGGUAUCGUCUUCCUCGCAUUCCUCCCUGCUGGAGGGGUGGAGAGGCAGGAUAGGAACCCCAACCCUGAGAACUAAAAAAAGGAACGAACUUUAAUGGCAUUUUUGGAUCAUAAACCCUAAGAGUUAACAAACCCCUCCUAGUCCUUCACCGUCGCUCUUCUCAUCCUCUAUCGCCUUUAUUAUGGAAAGCUUGAGAGCCACUUACAGAGACGACGACGACGACGAUGACGAUGAUUGGAACAAUAACGGAAAUAUCGAUCAAGACCAAGAGGCCAUUGCUCCAGCCACCAUCACUACCACCGGCGACGACGCCACCGCCACUACCACUUCUCCUCCUGAAGAUAACAAGGAAAACGGCGUAAAAGAAUUACAUGACAACUCCGAAGAGCUCUCCGAAGAUGAAAUCUCUGACGGUGACAACGAAAAUGAAGAACCCCGACAAAAACAUCCCCAAGGGCAAGAACCAGAACAACAAUCACCAAAGCGCACUGCAGCUUCAGACGAAGACGAGAAUCCCCCAACGAAGAAACAAAAACCCCUCUCUUCCUUGAAUUCUCCAGCUCCCGAAACAAUGCCACCGGAACAAGCAGCACCAAAAGCAACGCCACCUGCCCAGCCAACGGCUGCUGCACCAACGACGGCGGUGAAGAAGCCGAAGAAGAAAAACAACAAUGUUUGGACGAAAUCGACACGGAAGUCGAAAAAGAAGAGCAAAACCAAUGCCCAUAAUGUUGCUAAUGAAGACACUGUUCUAAUAACACCAAUUGCCCGGUUCCCUGACAAGAAUGACGAUACCCCUGAAAUGAAAAUUUGUCUUUCCAAGGUUUACAAGGCAGAGAAAGUUGAACUAAGUGAUGAUAGGUUAUCUGCGGGGAGCACCAAAGGAUACCGGAUGGUUAGGGCAACUAGGGGGGUUGUGGAGGGGGCGUGGUAUUUCGAAAUUAAGGUUGUAAAGCUUGGCGAAACAGGGCACACGAGGCUCGGGUGGUCGACAGAGAAGGGGGAUUUGCAGGCACCAGUGGGGUAUGAUGGGAACAGUUUUGGUUAUAGAGAUAUCGAUGGGAGUAAGAUACACAAGGCCCUGAGGGAGAAGUAUGGAGAAGAGGGGUAUAUUGAAGGUGAUGUUAUUGGUUUCUAUAUUAAUUUGCCAGAAGGGAGUUUAUAUGCACCAAAGCCACCGCAAUUGGUCUGGUAUAAGGGGCAAAGGUAUGCAUAUACUCCUGAUGGGAAGGAGGAUCCGCCCAAAGUUGUACCAGUGCAGAAAGAAAUUAGUGGCUUUGGAAAUGAUAUCCUGUUGCUUGGAAACAUUAUGAUCUGCCCCUGCCUUUUCCAGUCUACCUCUCCAAGACCCCAGAUAUCUGGGACCAAUAUCGGGAAGUGAGAUAUCUUUCUUUAAGAACGGGGUAUGCCAAGGUGUUGCUUUCAAUGAUCUUCACGGAGGAUGCUACUACCCUGCUGCUUCGAUGUAUACACUCCCCAACCAACCUAAUUGUGUGGUCAAGUUUAAUUUUGGCCCUGAUUUUGAGUUCUUUCCCCAGGAGUUUGAUGGCCGUCCAAUACCCAGACCCAUGAUUGAAGUUCCUUAUCAUGGGUUUGACAACAAAGUUGAAAAUGGUGGGUCCACCGAGAAGAAACAGUAGCAAAAUCAAUUUAAAACCAAUUUUCUCUUGUUCUUGUUGCAAGUGGAUAAUGCUAAGGUGGGGAUGGAUUCAUGCAACUAAUCUCUUUUAACUUUUUUCUGGUUUAUUUAUUGGCUGAUGAACAAAUGAGACUGCUGUAAAAUGAUGAAAUUUUCUCCGGGAAAAGGGAUUUGCAUUUGAAGGUUAAGGGUUACUUCAAAUAGACCAGAAAUGUUGCCAUUUGUUAUUGUGUUUUUAUGAACUUUUAGCUUGUAAACUUGUUCAAUUCAUUUUCACAUAUUGAUGUGAAACUUCUUUCCCCGUA